CCUCGACAUGUUGAUUUCAGUAUGCUGUCUGACUUGCUUGAUGUGCAUCAGACUGGUCUGCGUUCGUCGUCUGGUGCGAGUAGGCGACACUUGCCGCGGUCGACUGGCAGACCUUCGCCAAUCUAAUCGGAACGUCCGAUCCCCAUUUUCCAUCAGGACUCGAACGGCUCCAAGUCCCCCGUUGUUCGACCUUGAUACCUAAAGCACCAAAGCAAACAGCGAAAAUCUCCGAACAGGGAAGAAAAAAAAAACUGUUGCAAAGAUGGCGAACGCGCUGGAUGACUACGCGGACGUGAGCACCACGCGUAACAUGGACGAGAAUGUGCACACUCUGCCCGCCGCUUACGAUGAGAAGGACGACUUGGAGUCGCUCAAGGCCCGUCUGCAGCGCCGUAAGAAACCCAUCUACGCCGGUCUCGCCUUCCUGGCUGUGGUCGUCAUUGGCGUCACGGUCGGUACCGCCGCAAACGGCGGUUCCAAGGUCAACACGGAGUCCGCGCAGAAGGACAGUGCGACCCCAUCUCCCAGCGUGGAUGACUCUGCCCAGACCGGACAGCAGACCCAGGUCGACUCGGACGCUGGUGCUGUCAAGGCUGCCAAGGACUCCGUCUCGAGUCCCAGCAGUGGAUGGAGCUCGUCCAGCACGUCCGGAUCUGGAUCAGUUGCCGGAGAAGCUUCAGCUGGUCAGGGCUGGUCGCUGAACUCGACGGAAGGUUCUUCGACGUCUACGCCCACGCCGACGCCUACGUCGACGCAGGCUCCUUCGCAGAGCUCGUCGGGUGAGGCUCUAGCCUACAGUAUCGUGGACUUUGACUGGAGUGAUGCGUCCAACUGGGAGUACGCUAGCGGCGCUACCGUGUCCUCGAACAUGGUAACCAGCAACGGCAUCACUUUGACGCCCGAUAACAGCGCUGAGCCUAUUCGUACCAAAGAAGGAUGGAGCGGAGAGAAGGUUGUGUACAUUGAAUGGGAACGCACCAGCACUAGCGACACCAACAUUUGGAUGCUCAACACCAAACUCCAGAGCCAAUUCGGAAAGGGCAAUGGCUGGCCCUACUGGGGUGAACUGGAUCUCUUUGAGAUGUUCACGCAGGACGCUGCCGACAUCCCUGCGUACGACUACAGUGGCUUCGGAGGCUUCUCGGAUGUCUCGAGCUACGGACAACUGACGAUGCACAUGGGUCCGGCUACGGAAGACGGCAGUCCGUGCUUCUGUCCCGCUAGCCCCUCCAAGAGCUCGUGGUACCAGAACACGCAGCCCAUGACCUCGGGUUGCACGGCUCAGUUCUCUAACGACAAGUCCAACUCGAUUGCCGCUGUGUGGGGCUCGGACGGUACGGGCCAGUACAUCCAACUGAUCCAGAACCCGACGAUUACUAAGGGUGGCAAAAAGAAUGGUGUGGAUACGUACGAUGUUGCUACGGGCAGCGGCGCUGUGACGUCCAAGAUCUACAACAACGCCGAGCUGUUCUGGGGUGUGGAUGCCACGGACGCGUGCGCUAAGGCUGGCGGCCACGACGCUACGUCGGGUUUCCCGUUCUUCGAGAGCUUCCGCCUUGUUCUUGAGGAGCAGAAGAAGGGAGACUCGAGCGCUUCGUUCACGGUCAAGAACAUCCAGAUCUUCACCAAGAACUAGAUGUAGGGAAGCGAAGAGUACAAGUUUUGCUUUUGUUUAUACUCGUUUCGGUAAUGAAGCUUGAGGUUGUUUUAAACAUAAUAUUUUUUUAAGCGUUAUUUUGCUGAAACGGGUGGUAAAAAUACAAAACAUGUAUAGCGAUC